CCUUUUGUUUUGAAAGAGGGAAAUUUAAAUUUCGACGGCGUUACUCGGAAAUAAACACAAAAUCUCCCAAAAGGACACGAAAAUGAGCAAAAUCUGACAUUUUUCACCUGCGAAUGUAAAGUUCCCUUCACAAAAUGAAGAACAAAGAGAGGACGUCGGUGGCCGGAGACAAAGAGGAGUGUUGUGCUCUCUGCAGAUGCAGUGACAACGACCCGGCCAUGUUUGGAGAAAAAGUUGUGCUGAAAGAGCACAACCUCUGUGUUCACUACUUCUGUCUGCUGACGUCUUGUGGAGUUUACCAGCGAGGGGAGGACAAUGAGGGCGUCUUCGGGUUCCUGGUGGAAGACAUCAAACAGGAGGUCCGCCGCACAGCUCGACUGACGUGCUGCUGCUGUAAGAAGAAGGGCGCGUGUGUCGGCUGUAACGUCAGGAGCUGCAGGAAAAUGAUCCACUUCCCCUGCGGCAGGAAAAAGAAGUUCAUCUCACAGUUUACCAGUAACUUCCCGACGUACUGUCCCGACCACAGUCCCACUCAGUCUGUGUGUGUGGCCUCAGACCUCAGUCUGCCUCAGUCCUGCUCCGUCUGUCUGGACACCAUCGAGCCCGUCCUCUCCUACUCCAUCCUCAAGUGUCCAUCCUGCCACGCCAGCUGGUUCCACCGAGACUGUGUGCAGCGUCAGGCCCACAGUGCCGGCCUCUUCUUCUUCAGAUGCACUUUGUGUAACAACAAAGAGAACUUCCAGGAAGAGAUGACCCGGAUGGGAAUCUACAUCCCAGAGAGAGAUGCAUCAUGGGAGUUAGAGGCGAAUGCAUUUUCAGAGCUGCUGGAGGUUUACAGUCGCUGUGACGCUCUCACAUGCCUCUGCAAAGGCGGACGCACACACUCCACCAAGACCGGGUGGUUUGAGGUGAUUCGCUGCCGGCUGUGUGGAUCAGGGGGGACUCACAGGAAGUGUUCAGGGCUGAAGUUGGACACCAAAGACUGGGCCUGCAGUGACUGCACUCAGGCCACGGACGGGAAAGCUUCCCUCGUCUCGUCUCCUCAGGGAGGUCAGGGGAGGAGUCUGCUGUCCAAACGACGCACAUCCUCCAUCAACUCCUCCAUCAGCCGUAAGAGGCCAUCUCUACCUGUUGGAAGUGGAUCACCUGAGGACCUCCUGCGGGCAUUGGCCCCUCAGCUCAGUCCUGUCACCGUCCAGGUGGAGGUGGGCGGGGAUCAGGCUCUAGCUGCAGGUAUGGAGCUGGUGAGGAGGGCUGACUUUGACCCCACACACACUCUGUCCGUCAGGUUCAAAGACAAGCAGCUGACUACACUUCCCAGCAGCCUCCAGGACAGCAAUACAGCCAGGCAGUAUUUCCUGAAGCUGCUGGUGCAGCAGAUCCAGGACUCAGAGGUGUUUGAGGGUCCUGAGGGUUCCAGAAACCUGGCACUGGACUCUCAGGCUCUGCGUGACGACCUCUACUUUGACAUUGGCUGCCUGCUCGCCCUCUCUCUCAUUCAUGGUGGUCCUCCAGUUGGAUUCUUCUCUCGUGCUCUAUACCAAUGUCUGUUCAACUACCCCCCCAACUGCCCGCUCACCGUCAUGCACAUGACCCCCGACACACACUUUACCCGCCAAGUCAUCCGGAUGGCGGAGGCGGAGUCUUUAGACGAGCUGAAAGAGGUGAUGGCGGAGAGCUGGGAGUAUCUGGAGCUGGCCGGCUGCAACCGACCAAUCAGCAGCCUGGAGCAGAGAGAGGCUCUGGUGGAGAAUCUGGUCAGCUUCACUAUGAUCACCAGGAUGCAGCUUCCACUGCAGAGGUUUCGGGAAGGCCUGCAGACUUUGGGCGUCUUUGAUCAGGUGCAGCUCUUCCCGUCUGUGUUUUGUGGCGUUUUCUGUGGAGUGACGGUUCAGCUGACGGCUCAAACGCUCGCUCAGCUGUUCACCGUUAACUUCUCCCCCCAGGAGGAGAAACAGAACAUGGAGACGCCCGUCGUCUCCUUCUGGAGACACUUCCUGCUCGAGUGUGAAGUUGGGAGGAGCUCUAUCUCCCUGCAGGACCUCCUUCGUUUCUGCACAGGAGAAGAGGAGCUCCCAGCAGCCGGCCUCCUCCCUUCUCCCUCCAUCUCCUUCCUCCAUGCCAUCAUCUCUUCCCCACCAGGAGCUGAGGACAACAAGACCCUUAAAGAGGGAGGAGACCGAGUAAAGGAGACCGUCAGAGCAGGGAGGGAGGUGUGGAGGGACGAUGGGCUCUUCCCUCAGAGCAAGCCUGACUCCAAACACCUCCUCCUGCCCGUCGCCUCGUCCUACCAGGCCUUCAAGAGCUCCAUGGAGCAGGGGGUCAGCCACCGCGUGCACCUCCUCCCCAUGGAGACUUAGAGAAGGAGGAGGAGUCAGAGAAUAUGCCAAAAGUGCUUUAUUAUGCAUGUAAAGAGAAACUCCCCGCUUUAUCUGAAAGUCAUUUUAUUGGUCACCUUGCUUCUUGUUAAGCCCCGCCCCGUUAGUGAUCUUUAAAGACAUGUUUUUUGUUUUCACACAGACGUAAAUAUGCAAAGCUUCUUUGGUUGUAAACUGUGCGUUACUUUAUUGGUAUGUUUAAGUCUGAACAAUUAUGAAAUUUUCAACAUAUUCUCUGCUGACUUUAUCCCGUCUGUUUGUAAAGAUGGCCAAAGCACGACCUGAAACACUGUAAGAACACCGCUUCAGGCGACAUUUAAAGUCCUACAUUUCUAUUUUUCUCAAAACUUUGAAACCUUUCAUUCACCACAUGUCCUCUUUAUUAUGGUGCUGAUAUCAUGUGGUUUUUAUUGUAUAUAGUUUGACAGCUUUUGCUGAUGCUGCAGUUUCUCAUCUCGUCCCUCCUUCUUAUUUCCUGUUUUAUUGAUUUCUUUUUUACAGAAAAAAGUCAAAGUUUGAAAAACAUUUGUGUUAUAGAAGCGAUUGGAUUGCCUGAUUAAUUAAAGAAUAACAUGUUUCAUUAAAGGAGCAGUAUUUAACUCUUACACCUAGUGUUUAAAAUGGGUACUGCAGUCUAAAUUCUAAACAUUGUAGAGACAGAUCACCUAUAAUAUAUAACCUUUUUCUUUAAUAACCAAUAAUUACAUUAUUUUAUCUGUUUUAUCAGUCAUAUCUCUCUAUCCUUUAUUCUUCUUCAGUUACUCUGUUUUACAUGGUGUCCUUUUUCUGAUGUAUUGGAUGUCUUUCAAACUUUUAUGUCCAUGUACCUUUGUUAUUAUUUAUCUGUUUGGUGUUUGCUGCAUGUUUUGUGCUGAGUGACAUUUACUCCUUAUUUUUUUGUGGAUUAUAAAAGCAGAAACAAACCA